AUCAUUUUUGGUUGUCAUUGCAGGUCCACCCAAGAUCUCGGAGCAGGUGAACGGUUUCCGGAAGGCAGUUCAGGGUCGAUCCAUCAAGCUUCCAUGUCCCGUCACGGGGAACCCCCCACCCCUCAUCAUGUGGACCAAGGAUGGCGUCACCAUUCACAGCGGCUGGGAGCGCUUCCGGGUCAGAUCGGAGGGUCUCAAAGUCAAUGACGUGGUGAUCGAAGACAGUGGAUCCUACAUCUGCAGGGCCACAAAUGGUUUCGGAAGCGUCAGCGUAAACUUUACAUUAACAAUUACAGAUGGGUCAAGUAGUCCUGAACGAGAUCCUAGCAAGGUAGACACACCUACAGUGGAUGAAAGGCCCGAUAGACCGACGUCUGGAACCAUGCCUCAAUUUUCCGAGCUGAACAAAAUGAUGAAGACCCAAAAGAUAAUGAAGCCCCUGAACAGCUCUGUGAGGUUAAAGUGCAAGGCUUCCGGCCACCCUCGCCCAGAGAUAGUUUGGGAAAAGGACGGCACACGAAUGGUCAUAGCUGCGGAGGGCAAGCAAUCUAGGCAGUUUACACUCAAGUUGAGCCACUUAAAAUCGGAAGAUAGCGGCACCUACACGUGCAUUGUGUUUAACAAGCACGGGCGUAUUAACGCCACCUAUGAAGUAGAUGUAGUAGAUCAAGUAAAGAAGAAGCCUGAGCUGUUGGGAGAACACCCCGUCAACACGACGGUGGAGUUUGGAGGUACCACAUCAUUCCAAUGCCGAGUGCGUAGCGACAUCAAGCCCCACAUCCAAUGGCUGAAAAGGGUCGAAACGCACAGCGUCCCAUCCAACGCCACCAUAGAGAUGGACGGACAGUACUUUGUGGUUCUUCCUGCGGGGGAUGUGCUCCCGAGACCCGACGGGUCAUACCUCAAUAAACUCAUCAUUUCCUAUGCCACGGCGGAGGAUGCAGGGAUGUACAUCUGUUUAGGGGCGAACACCAUGGGGUACAGCUUCAAAAGUGCAUUCCUUGAAGUUUUUCCAGAUCCAAACCUGAAUGUGAUCGACCCUGCCCUUCAGCAGACUCCUAGAGUAAAUCCAGUCGUUCCAGAAGCAUGGAGCCCAGUUCAACAAGGAUUGCUCAUCGGUGUCCCCGUCGGCUUCGCUUUCUUAUUUAUCGCCGUCAUCGUCAUCUGCACCAUCAGUCGCAACAAGGCAAGGUCGCAACGUCGCCAUCGGACGACCCCGCCCGCACCCCAACUCCCGAACUCUUCGAUCAAAAAGGAUUACAACCACAGUGAUUACUUAAAUCGAACCAAUCUGGCGAACCCCCAUAUGAUGGACAUGGAGCAGUGUGCGCCCCUCACUGCCGCGCAGUGCGCCCCCCUCACCUCACAACAGACUCUUCACAUAUACCCGGUACCGAGCCGGGAAAACGUCCUCAACCGUUACGACGUGCAUUCACCGAGCAGUUUCACAGACACUUUAAACAGUAACGGGAGCUUAACGAGCAGCAAUAGACCAAACAUGCACCAUCACUUACAUCAGCAUACGAUUCUCCACUGCUAGCAUUCGCUCAACAAUUCCAAAGUCUAAAGGUGUCACUUUCCUUUUUUUUAUAUGAAAAAAAAAGCAGAAACCAAAAAAAAUUUGCCUUUAUGUUGACGUCUCUAGCUAGAUAAAGAUAACCCUUCUAGAUUAUGUUCACAUGGCAUCUGCAGUGUGCCCAUAGAUAUAUGUAUAGAGAGAGAUUUAUUAGAACACUGUAUUUGUCCUGUUUAUAUAUUUCAUAUCUGUACAUAAGUAUAUAUAUCUAUAUAUAUGUACGCCCAACUCUGUAUUAUGUGUUCUGUUUGUACAGAAAGUGUGUGUCUUAGUGCCUAUGGCCUGCGAUGUGUAUAAAGUAUAAAUAAGUACAGAUAUUUAUAUAUCAUUAUUGAAAGAGAUUGAGAUGUUAUAGUCUUAGCUCUUCUUGAAAUAGAACUGAUGACUGUAGUGUUUUUUUUUAAUAUUAUUUUGAAUUUGGUGAUGAGCUGCAAAUGUUGAUUUAAAAAAGUAAGGGGUUAUGACUAAUGUGAAUUCGUAUGAUGGCUGAAAGAAAAUUGAUAGUUCAGCGACCUCUAUUCACAGAAUGCAUGAAACAAAGGUUGAAAAUUCAUUUUUUUUAAAUUUCUGCUUUAAUCUAACUCACUUCUCUGAUGAUGAAUUGUAUGAUGUGAAUGGACCAUAAUUAUGUUAUUUGGCAAACU